UCAUUCCAUAAAAGAGGUCAAAGAAUUGAACUUCAAACUUUGGCCUCUUUCUCAAACAAUUUUGUUGCAUUUUGUCCGGCAAAAAUAUGAAUCGUCUUGUUUGGUUAACGAUUUUGUGCUGCUCAACAUUAGUAAGCAGCCAAAACAAACCCCAAAGCAUAUUCAUACUUGCCGGACAAAGCAACAUGGCCGGACGAGCCGGGAUUAUAAAUGGCAAGUGGGGCAACGAGGUCCCUCCCGAGUGCAAGCCUAGCCCACAAAUUCAAAGGCUCAGUGGCAAGCUUGUGUGGGAGGAGGCGCAUGAUCCUCUCCACAAGGACAUUGACCACAGGGUCUCCGGGAUAGGCCCAGGGAUGUCCUUUGCCAACGCAGUGCUGGAAAAGGACCCCAACAUCGGGGUGAUUGGCCUGGUCCCAUGCGCCGUUGGAGGGACCACAAUAGAUGAGUGGAAAAAGGGGAUGAAGUUGUACAAUGAUAUGAUCGAUCGUACUAAGGCCGCCCUAAAGGAUGGAGGGGCUCUCCGGGCUCUUCUAUGGUACCAAGGCGAGUCCGACACAUCAGUGUUACAGGAUACCGAGACGUACAAAGUUAAAUUUGAAAAAUUUAUUGCCGAUGUGCGUGCUGACUUGCAGGCCCCCACGUUGCCAGUGGUCCAGGUGAUAGUGACAUCUGGUGAUGGUGAUUUCGUAAAAGAAAUGAGAGAGAUCCAGAAAACAAUCAAUGUGCCAAACUUGAAGCAAGUGGAUUCGAAGGGGCUCGAGCUGCAGGUGGACAACUUGCAUCUCACGACUGAGUCGGAGAUCAAGGUUGGACAAAUGUUGGCCAACGCCUACCUCCAGUUCUAGUCGCAAUGUGCACAUCUCGACCCUCCUCGUCCGAGCUUGAAUUGUUUGAAAUAUUUGUACAUGUAAUCGAACGUUAUACAUAUUAUGUAUACGUUGUGAUUCGUUCUAAAAUAUCAAGAAAACAUUUUGAUGUUCAUCAA